GGAAGAACCACUGCUGUGGGUGGCGCCUGCUCAUUCGCUCUUGUCCCCUAGGAGCGAGAGGACUGUUUGGACUGAACUUCCCUUAAGGAACAGUGGAGCUUUGCAAGUCAGACCACUCCUCCAAAUGAGGACAAUUAUUUAUGAUGAGGAGGCUGCACCCUGGAGCAGGAGUAACAUCUCAUGGAACCAGAUUACCGUCCUCAAGUUAUGACAACGAUGUCCAGCAAGGUAGCCAUGGGCAGUGACAUCGGGCAGGCCCGCCGGGCAGUGGAGCAGCUGCGGAUGGAGGCAGGCAUUGAUCGCGUGAAGGUGUCCAAGGCAGCCACUGACCUGCUGCAGUUCUGCACAGAGCAGGCCAAGAGUGACCCCUUCCUUGUGGGCAUCCCGGCUGCCACCAACCCAUUCAAGGAGAAGAAGCCCUGUGCCAUCCUCUGAGCCCAUGAUCAUCCCACACCAUUGCCCUGGCAACCCACGGGCUCAAUAAACAUGACAUGAUUGCUCUGCACCAAAGCUUGGCUGGGUUGAGAUGGGGGGCCACUGCGCCUUGC